AGAAAAUUUAAAGCUUUCUGAUUCCAAAAUUCUCAAAUCUUUUUAUUACAGUGUCUUUCAUAUUCACUUUCUUACAAAGAUUAUUAUUACCAAAUUUAGUUACAUGUCUGCUGCUGAGUUUCAAAUAAAUUAUUGUCUUAAUAAAGAUCUUAUCCUAUCUCCACACACGUUUCCUCCUUUUUAUUUCUCACUUUCAAGCUUAGAAAGAAUAUUCUUGUUCGAUUUUUUUUCUCCCGAACAUGAUCUUUCAAUCUCAACGACGAUUUCUCAGUGACUAAUACUACAUUUGUAUACAUUCUUCAUCAUCAUCAUCAUCAUCAUCUGUGUUUUUGUUCAUAUUCAUUUUUCAGUUAUCGUUUUCAAUUUUUAAAACUUUUUUUCUUGGGUUUCACAAAAUUUGUCGUUAAUCGAUGAAUUUGAUUGUUUUCAAGAUCACCCAUCUCUCGAAUUCACGAAAUCUCUCAGCUUUUCCGUGAUUCUUGGUAAAAAUUCACAAAAUCGAAAUUGGAGAAAGAAAGAAAAAAUUAGGGUUUGAGGAAAAGCUUCGAUUUUUCACACGAUGAGUCAUCACCGGCGAGAUUCCGGCGGAGAUGUAGUUCACGUGAUUCCCACAAACAAUCCUCCGCCGGAUAAUUGGUUUCCGAAUCUCGGCGAUAGUGCUGUUUGGGCGACGGAAGAUGAUUACAAUAGAGCUUGGGCUAUGAAUCCCGAUAACACCUCCGGCGACAACAAUGGUCCACCGAACAAGAAGACUCGAGGCUCUCCGUCGUCUUCAUCAGCCACGACUACUUCUGCUGCGAGCAAUCGUACUAAAGCGAUUGGGAAAAUGUUCUUCAAGACGAAGCUUUGUUGCAAGUUUCGUGCUGGGACUUGUCCGUAUAUAACGAAUUGUAACUUUGCUCAUACGGUGGAGGAGCUUCGUCGUCCACCGCCGAAUUGGCAGGAGAUUGUGGCGGCUCAUGAGGAGGAGAGAUCUGGUGGUAUGGGAACUCCUACAGUUUCUGUGGUUGAGAUUCCACGGGAGGAGUUUCAGAUCCCGUCUUUGGUGUCAUCGACGGCUGAGAGUGGGAGAUCUUUUAAAGGAAGACAUUGUAAGAAGUUUUAUACUGAAGAAGGAUGUCCUUAUGGAGAAAGUUGUACGUUUCUGCAUGAUGAGGCUUCGAGGAAUAGAGAGAGUGUUGCUAUUAGCUUAGGACCUGGUGGUUAUGGAAGUGGUGGUGGUGGUGGAAGUGGCGGUGGUUCUGUUGGUGGUGGUGGUAGUAGUAGCAAUGUAGUAGUGCUUGGUGGUGGUGGUGGAAGUGGAAGUGGAAGUGGGAUUCAGAUUUUGAAGCCUUCAAAUUGGAAGACAAGGAUUUGCAACAAAUGGGAGAUUACUGGGUAUUGUCCAUUUGGUGCUAAGUGUCAUUUUGCUCAUGGAGCUGCAGAGUUACAUAGAUUUGGCGGAGGACUCGUGGAAGAAGAAGGCAAAGAUGGAGUAUCACCCAAUCCGGACACAAAGCAAACAGUACAAAACCCCAAAGGACUAUCAGACACAACAACACUUCUAUCUCCAGGAGUACCUCAUAAUGCAGAUGCCAGUUACCACACUGGAGUUGCAUUGCAACGAGCGUCUAGUGCGGUUACACAAAAGCCUGGAAUUAGAACUCAUCAGAAGUGGAAAGGACCGGCGAAAAUCAGUCGGAUAUACGGUGAUUGGAUCGACGAUAUUGAAUGAUGUUACCUCUUUCUUUUUUCUACACAUUUAGAUAACUGCUAAGAAAAUUACAAUCUCCCUUUUUUUGCAUGGUACAUUUUGUAGAGUUUGUAUAUGUGUAAUCCUUGUAUCUGUUGUUGUUGUUGUUUGUUGUUGUAGAUUAUGACUUAUGUUAUAUUAUCAUCUUUCUUUUGUAUCUUUUCCAUAUUUGAUUUUUUAAAAAUUUCAUAAUUUGAUUAUAAAGCC